CCUCGCAGGGCCCUCAGGUGACAGCGAAUGAGGCUAAGAGACACACACUCUCAUCAGGUCUCUCAGAACAGAUCGUCUCAGGCUGUCUUGCAGCAGGAGGCCAGAGGGUCACUAAUUGUUCUCACACAUCUCAGAGGAAGGAAGGAGAGGGCGAUCAAUAUGCCUGCAAGCCUCUGUGGAACAUGGGACAUCAUCAGCAAUGUCAACUUUGAGGGCUACAUGAUUGCAUUGGGCAUCGGCCCUCACAUCAGAAAGAUUGCUGUGAAGCUGAAGCUGAGGAAAGUGGUGGAGCAGCACGGAGACCAGUUCGUCAUCAAAACUCUCAGCACUUUCCGAAACUACAGCGUCUCCUUCAGAGUGGACCAGGAGUUUGAGGAGUUCACACAGGGCCUGGACAGCAAACACGUCAAGUCGCUGGUGUCGUGGAAGGAGAACAAACUGGUGUGUGAACAGAUUGGAGAGAAGAAGAACCGGGGAUGGACGCACUGGAUCGAAGACGACAAGCUUCAUCUGGAGCUGUACUGUGAAGGACAGCUGUGCACGCAGGUAUUUAAGAAGAAUGUGAGCGAGUGAAGAGGAACGACCUGCUGGAUCCAUCACCGAAUCACAGAGUCUGUGCUGUUUCUUCUCUGUCAUGUGGUGUGACUGCUGCAGCUCAGGAGAAAAUGUCUGGCCGUGUUGUGUUUACACCUGUAGGUGGCAUCGCUUCAUUGCUGCAGUCUGCUAUUGUUCUGUGAAGCUGGCUUCAUAGACAAGAGCUGAGUAUUGAGGACAUUUAUGGGUUGUUUCAGCCGGUCAGAGAAAAAACUGUCACAUCACUUCAGCUCCCUAUCUAUUCCCGUUAAAAUUUAUAUUUUGAAAUCUGCUUUUAGAAGAAAUAAACAGCUUUCAUUCAUGUAAAUAAAUGGAUACCUUAUUGGUGUAACAUGAAGUUUGAUAAAGAUUUUGUUUUGUAAGACAU